AUGUUUGAUGGAGUCCCAGCUGAGCAGUUGCACCAAUUCAUAGCAGCCUCCAGAACUUCCCUCCCUCUCCCUCUCCCUCUCCCUCUCCCUCUCUCUUCCUUCCCAGCAGCUCUCCAUGCCUCUUCACCCCCUCCACCUAAUAUUAACACCUUCUCUGCUGUUGCUGCUGCUGCUGCUCCCUUUGAUCCUAAUUACAAUAAUAACCCUUCUCAUCAUCAUCUUCAUCAUCAUCAUCAACUUCUGCUUCAACCUCAGCCCCAACCCCAACCCCAACCGCAUCAGCAUCAGCUUCUCAAUAAUCCAGGAGUACAAUUGCACCGCCAAUCAGCCACCCCCAAAAAUCAUGAGGAGAAGAAAGAGAGCAACUUGGUCUCCAUCAAUAACAAUCUGGAGAUUGAAAGAGAGAGAUCGUCAUCGAUAUCGCAAGUGCCGAUUAGUGAUCCUUGGAGUAAUGAUGAAUUGCUUGCACUGCUCAGGAUCAGAUCUACCAUGGAUAAUUGGUUCCCUGAGUUCACUUGGGAACAUGUCUCAAGGAAGCUAGCAGAGCUUGGCUUCAAAAGGAGUGCCGAGAAGUGCAAAGAGAAAUUUGAAGAAGAAAGCAGAUACUUCAACAACAUUAACUUCACCAAAAACUACAGGUUUCUCAGCGACCUUGAGGAGCUCUGUCAUGGCGGCGAUGAUGAUCAAAACCCUGAUCAGGCAGCUGCUGGGGCUGAAAACAAGAACCAACAAAAGGUGGAAAAGCCAAGCAAUAAUGAAGGAGAUGAAGAUAACAGGUGCCAGAUUUUGGAUGAAGACUCACCAAGAAAUGAAACAGUUGUUGGCAGCAAGGAAUUUGAUGACCAAGACAAAGAGAAAGAGGUCGUGGAAAGAACAAAGAGCAAUGUUGUUAGGAAGAGAAAACGACAGAGAAGAUUUGAGAUGUUAAAGGGCUUCUGUGAGGACAUCGUGAACAGGAUGAUGGCUCAGCAAGAAGAGAUGCACAGCAAGCUUCUUGAAGACAUGGUGAAGAGAAGUGAAGAAAAGCUUGCAAGGGAAGAAGCUUGGAAGAAGCAAGAGAUGGACAGGAUGAACAAGGAGCUUGAAAUUAUGGCACAUGAACAAGCUAUUGCUGGUGACAGACAAGCUACAAUUAUCAAGUUCUUGAAGAAAUUCGCAUCAUCAAGUUCUACUUCUACUUCUUCAGAACCAAGUCCUGAUCAUGAUCAUCGCACUAAUUCAUCUUCCUUGAUUAAUCAAGCAGGAAACCCUAAUCGUCCCACGUGUAGUCAGGAGAAAGAACCAACAUCAUCUACAAUAAUUCAAAAGUCUGGUACUUCUUCCCACACUCCAAAUAACCCCAGUACACCUAUUUCAUUAACUGAAACCCUUGCACCCCAAAGCCCUAGUUCAAGUACUCUUGCUCCAACUCCAACCAUUCCAAAAGUCCCCAUACCUCCAGAAAACCCUAGUUCUGAUAAUCUCAAUACCCAAAACCCUACUUCCAAUGACGAUAAACAAGACCUUGGGAAAAGGUGGCCAAGAGAUGAAGUGCUGGCUCUGAUAAACUUGAGGUGCAGUCUCUUCAACAAUGGCAGUGCUGAUCAAGACAAGAAUAAUGGAGUUGUGAAGGCUCCUCUUUGGGAGAGGAUCUCACAAGGGAUGCUGGAGAAGGGUUAUAAGAGAAGUGCAAAGAGGUGCAAAGAGAAAUGGGAGAACAUUAAUAAGUACUUUAGAAAAACAAAGGAUGUUAACAAGAAGAGGUCCCUUGAUUCUAGGACUUGCCCGUAUUUUCAUCAAUUAAGCACUUUGUACAAUCAAGGCAUACUUGUACCACCUUCUGAUCAUAUUCAAGGGCCAGAUCAUCAAACCAGCUCGGCUUCGCCGGAAAACCAGUCUCUAGCUUCUCCGGUAGUAGCGCAAACCGGCCUUGAUUCUUCUGAUCAAGGUAGGUCUAGUGCUGAUGAUGAUUUAUCUAAGCAUAAUAUUAUUGGUGAAGGUGAGAAAAACAAUACGGUACAGCCAGUACCACCAGCAGCUUUCGAUUUUGAAUUCUAA